AUGGAGGUUUUCAUAGAAUAUGAAUCAUUGGUCUCCGAAGAGCUCUCAGCCGAAGGGUCUAGUUUGAUUCCCUUCCCCGUCAACGUCGCUGCGAGCCCCUUCGUCCAUGACGCCGUGACGUCGCUGCCCUGGCCAGCGGUGUCUUCGGUGUUCAGCCACCUGGUCCGGCUACCGAGCGAGAGGACGACUCCUUGCGAGGGUAAGGGGCGUGGUCGAGGCAACUGGACUCAGAUCGUGACCCUGAUGGCGGUCAACAGAUCGUGGUUCUCGAUCAUGCGAGGCCUGCUGAUGGCGGCACCCAUGGAGGCAGUGCUGGAUAAUUGCCCCGAGAGAUGGGCGCUCAAGUCGCUGGAGAUCAACCUAGCGCAUAUGCGACAGUGCAACCAUCCGGCGACGAUGUACACGAACGGGCUGUCGGACAUCAAGACGCUCCCCUUCGACCAUCCGGCCGUACACUCGACGGUGACGAAACUGCUUCCCCGAGCGGUGGCACGCAACUUCCGAUAUGCCACGCUCAUGCUCCUUGAAUCUGGUGCUCAUCCUGCCGCGAGAGACCGACACGGCCAUUCAUGUCUAUACAUUGCUGCCGAGAAGGGCCUGCUGGAAGAGCUGAUGAUACUGCUGUCCUCGCAUCAGCAGCGCAGCCUGGACAUCGACAUGGACAGCCCUUCGGCCGCGGUCGGUGCAGCCAUCAGUCGUAGAUGGGCGUGUCUUUCCCUGCUACUGGAAGCGGGCGCAGACAUGUACCGGCCUUUUCGACAUGGUGGAGACGGCCACCUGUAUACGCUACCUACGUACCUGGCUGCCUAUCCGAACCUGAGCCUGCUGUGCGCGCUGCUGGAUUGUGGGAUGAAUGACGAUCUGCCGGACAAUCAUCCAAACAACCUGAUGAUGCUGCUGAUACGGGGAGGCAACCUGGUGAUGGUGCGGAUCCUGUUGAACGCAGGUUGGACGGUGCACCACGUAGCUGACGAGCUGGAGCAUAGGGGCUGGGCCUGUUCGGAGCAGAUACGGAGAGAGCUUGUGCAUUACAGGAUGUGGCCGGCCUAUCGGCCAGAGGAGGCAGACAUCAAGGAAUUGAGCGACAAUAAUUAA